UUGAGUGUGAGUAAGUGUUGAAUUUUGGGGUGAACUGUCCCUUUAAGCUGAAGAUUGUCUGAAAUUCUUUCUCACUCCCUCACUAAGAAUCUCUGCUCAUUAUCUGUCUGAUAUGAGCCAUUUGACCUUGAAACAACAAUUCAUUCUGUGUGUUUGUGUGAAUGUUUUAAGAUGAACAACACACACACACCAAAUCAGACUGGAAAGAUCCGACUGCAUCUCUUGACUUCUCGCCUUUAUUCUUCAUCUGUUUCAGCUAUAUACAGGUAUAAUGGAGGAGACACGCCAUCAUGUCAAAACAAAAGAGAAAACUGGCUUACUGAAGAGAAAAGACAAAACAUGUUUGACCUGCACUCAGUGUGGACAGAGUCUGGGAUGCAAACAGAGUCUCAGGAAUCACAUGACGAUCCACACUGGAGAGAAACCGUUCACAUGUGUUCAGUGCGGGACGAGUUUCAGACGUUCAUCAUACCUUAAUAAACACAUGUUGAUCCACACUGGAGAGAAACCACACGAAUGUGAUCAAUGCAGCAAAACAUUUUUGAGUGCUCCAGAGCUCAAGGUCCAUCUUACAGUUCACACAAAGGAGAAACCUUAUUCAUGUUCAUUGUGUGGGAAGAGAUUUAAAUAUCAGCAAAGUUUAAAAGCACAUCAGAAGAUCCACACUGGUGUGAGAGAGUUUAUGUGCUUUGAGUGUAAGAAGACUUUUAUUAGAGCUGAACAUCUGAAACAGCACCAGAGGAUUCACACUGGAGAGAAACCGUACAUGUGUUUACACUGCAACAAGAGAUUCAGUCAAUCAGGAGAUCUGAAAGCACAUGAGAGGAUCCACACUGGAGAGAAACCGUUCACAUGUGUGCAGUGCGGGACGAGUUUCAGGCGUUCAUCACACCUUAAUCUACACAUGUUGAUCCACACUGGAGAGAAAACACACAAAUGUGAUCAAUGCAGCAGAAGAUUUUUGAGGGCAUCAGAGCUGAAGAACCAUCUUACAGUUCACACAAAGGAGAAACCUUAUUCAUGUUCAUUGUGUGGAAAGAGAUUUGCACGUCAACUUAAUUUAAAAGCACAUCAGAAGAUCCACACUGGUGUGAGAGAGUUUAUGUGCUUUGAGUGUGAGAAGACUUUUAUUACAGCUGGAGAACUGAAACAGCACCAGAUGAUUCACACUGGAGAGAAACCGUACAUGUGUUUACACUGCGACAAGACAUUCAGUCGGGCAGGAGAUCUGAAAAAACAUGAGAGGAUUCACACUGGAGAGAAACCGUACACAUGUGUUCAGUGCGGGACGAGUUUCAGCUGUUCAUCAAGUCUUAAUCGACACAUGUUGAUCCACAAUGGAGAGAAAACACACGAAUGUGAUCAAUGCAGCAAAAUAUUUUUGAGGGCAUCAGAGCUGAAGAGCCAUCUUACAGUUCACACAAAGAAGAAACCUUAUUCCUGUUCAGUGUGUAGAAAGAAAUUUGCAUAUCUGUCAAGUUUUAACACACAUCAGAAGAUCCACACUGGUGUGAGAGAGUAUGUGUGCUCUGAGUGUGAGAAGACUUUUAUUACAGCUAGAAAUCUGAAGGAGCACCAGAGGAUUCACACUGGAGAGAAACCGUACAUGUGUUCAUACUGCAACAAGACAUUCAGUCUGUUAGGAAACCUGAAAAGACAUGAGAGGAUCCACACUGGAGAGAAACGGUACAGAUGUGAUCAGUGUCCGAAGAGUUUCAGACAGUCUGUGCAGCUUAAGAAACACUUGAAAAGGCACAAGAGAAAGAAACUGAUUAAAUGAAAAUACCAAUGUAAGAGAUUGAAUUUGUUGGCUGUGCAUAUUUGCUUGAUUUUAUUAGUUAUGUUUUCUCAGUCAUGUUAAAUUGUAAUUAUUUUGCUGAGUAGAAUACAAUCUUGAUCAGAGAUGCCCAAACUAACGGCGAGCGGGCCAAUGUUGGCGCAUGGUAACCAUUGAUUUGGCCCGCCAUCGCAUCUAAGAAGAGUGGAAGAAUGAUAGGGAUGAUUUCAAGAUUGUCAUUUCAAACAUAUUGUAACCUUUUGCUUUAUAGUUAAAAGCUAAACAUUUCAAUUAAAUCUUGUAAAUAAUCAGAUUUAGUUGAAAUGUACAUACUGUCACCUGAUGGAUAAAUGCAGAGACUUUGGUGAGCAAAUCAAGUGCUUGGCUAGUGUAUUUAGCAUUAAACUCCACUGUUCACUGUUACGUUUUUACUGCAAUAAGUUAUCAUUUUGAAAGUUACACUGCAUCAGUUAAUAUGAUUUAAAGUAGGGCUGCAACUAAUGAUCAUUUUACUAAUCGGUUAAUCUGUUGAUUCUUUUUCCAAUUAAUCGAUGAAUCAGAUAAAAAAGAAAAACUGUUUAUUCAAAAAAGCUCAUCCCUGAGCUGUUAUAAUAAUAUUAAU